CAUGCAACUUAGUUUACAUCGUUAUCAUCAAACAAACAACAUUACAUUUCGUCAAAACAAACAUUACAAUAAAACAACGUACGUUACAGUUAUCAACAAAGAUCUGUCUAAAUCCAUUAACCUUGAAACAAAUCGUCACCACUAAAAACCUCACAAUAUUUAUAACUACAAUAUCAACUCUAUCUUGAAACAAAACCACUUAAACCUUACCACCAAUUCCGAGAUGUCCGGGUCAAACUCAAACUCAAGAACAUGGCCGCUUUUCACACCUUUGGCAAUAAUUCUCCCGGUUAUUGUUGCAGCAGCGGUUCUCUACCGGCUCGACCCUUUCGAACCGGUUCAUCUGCCGGUCAACGAACUAAACCGAUCAUCUCCUUUAACAGCUCCUUUACGUAACAAUCACAUGCGAUUAGGAUCUGAAGAAGUUGCAAAGGGACAAGUUUUGGGACCUGAAGAUUUUGUAUAUGACGCUGUUAUGGGUGUAGUUUAUACUAGUUGUGAAGAUGGGUGGAUUAAACGUGUCACGGUGAAUGAAUCGGUGGCUGACUCGGUUGUUGAGAAUUGGAUCAACACCGGUGGAAGGCCCCUUGGGCUAGCUUUUGAUGGGAAUGGUGAUCUCAUAGUUGCUGAUGCGGAUAAGGGACUGUUAAGAGUAACAAGUGAAAAAGAAAUUGAGGUACUUGCAACUGAGAUUGAUGGCUUAAAAUUCAAAUUAACAGAUGGUGUUGAUAUAGCACAUGAUGGCACUAUUUAUUUCACUGAUGCUUCACAUAAAUACUCAGUCAAGGAUUCUCUCCUAGAUAUAAUGGAAGGGAACCCUAAUGGUAGGUUUUUGAGCUAUAAUCCAACAACAAAAAAGACAACACUAUUAGCCAGUGACCUCUAUUUUCCUAAUGGCGUUGCAGUCUCACCAGAUCAACAUUUUGUGGUGUUUUGUGAAACUGUCUUGAUGAAUUGCAAGAAAUAUUACAUAGAGGGUCCAAAAAAAGGAAGCAUUGAAAAGUUUUGUGACCUCCCUGGCAUGCCUGAUAACAUUCAUUAUGAUGGACAAGGACAAUAUUUGAUAGGAAUAGCCACGGCUUCUUCUCCUGAACUGGAUAUAUUACUUAAAUACCCCUUCAUUAGGAAGGUUUUGGCACUUAUCACAAAACAUGUAUCAAGUCUGAAUGUGGCAAAGAAUGGAGGAAUUAUCACUGUGGAUUUGGAAGGAAAACCAACUUCACACUAUUAUGAUCCCAAAUUAUCAUUGACCGCUGGGAUUAAGAUUGGGAAUCACAUAUAUUGUGGCUCUAUUCUAUACUCUUUUAUAAUACGUCUUGAUAUUGAAAAGUACCCUGCUCUCCCCCACAAUUAAUUAAACAAAAAAUAGAUUAUCAUAAGGUUAUAUUAUGGUAUACAAAUAGAUUUUAAGUUUCUGUAUAGACUCAUGGUGGUGUCAUCAAUAUGGAUUUUAGCUUGUAGAGUUUAGAAUGAAAUAUACCAUUGGUUGGGAACCGAUACUAUUCUGAGCAAUGUUGGAUGGACUCAUUUUGUAGCAUUUGGUGAUUUUCUAAAGCAUAGCAGGUUAAAGAAAGUGAGACAACUUAUUUGGUGUGCAACUACAUUAUGUUAUUUUUAGAGGAGCUUCAAUUAAUCUAUGCAAUCUGUUGGCAAAUAUAUCAAGCUUUAUUCUUGGUUUUGGUUCAUUAGUAGGAGCGGAAAAAACUUAUGUCAUGCUUUUUUCGAUUGGUGUACUAAUCAUUUAGCUUAUUUAGAAAGUAUAUAAAUCUCUAUUGUAAGGGUUGAAGUAUUCCUAGUACUCCCUUAUAUUUAUAUACAACUAUUGCUUAUCAAAAAAAAAAUGAUGUUGGUAUGUAUACAACUAUUGUCAAGUUUUAUUUUGAUUCGAAAGAGUCGUUACUGCUUGUUGCCA